UUUUCAUUCUUACUUAGAUAUAUGGAUUAGAGUCAAACCUUUUCUUUUAUAAAAUAACUUAUCCGUUAUAUUAGUAACUUAUAAUACCUACUCUUUGCAAAAAAUAUUUCUUUAUAAUUUAAAUAUUGAUUUAGAUUAAUCGCCGUCAGUACUUUUACGUUUUCUUUGUCUUCCAAAAAAUAGGUAAUAUUUCAGUUUAUUACAGUGACCUUUAUUUCACAAGCAAUUUCUUAACACGAAAUCACUAGGACUACAAAGAAAUUAAAAAAUUAAAAACCAUACAUGAAAGGAAAUAACGUCUCAAGUAGGUAAAAUAAGAUGAGCGAAGAAAGAGAUAUGGAAAUGCCACCAGCUAAGAAGCAAAAAUUUAAAAUUGAACAAGACAGUGAGACAGAAAUAGACUUCUCUAAAGACGUGACAGAGACUGGUGGUGCGGAAUUUGCAAUGGCUAAUGAUAAAUACAGUAAUUAUGUUAACCCUGAAGAGUUGGAGAGGCUGAAGGAGUUCAAGGUGCUGGACGAGGUCAAGUCAAAUGAUGAGGAUAGCAACGACGAGGACUCUGAUAGUUCUGAUGGUAAAUCCGACGGGCUGCCAGAGGAGGAGAUAGAGAAGAUGCUAGAAGAAAACCUGCCAGAGAACUUCAAAGCAGCGCCCAAACCUAAGGAAAAGCCGUACAUCACGAGACAGAAAAUAGUCCUUGAAGACAAAGGCGUGAACCAGUUCGAGGUGUUGCCGCUGGACUGGAUGAUGGUGCGCCACUACAGCGGGAUGCCGAUCUACAUGCACCGCACCACCAGGGUCUGCACACUCUCCAAGCCCUACAGCCUCGGGAAGGGAAACACCAGGAGACACGAUAUUCCAAUCAGCGCAAUACCUUGUCUAGCAUACAGGAAAGCGUUAGAAGAAGAGGAAAAACAGAAGGAAAUCGACAGGAGAAUAGAGGAACAAAUUAAAAACGGUACAUGGCUCAACAAUGAGACCAAUGACAAUGCUAAAGUUAAUUCUGCAAGAAAUAGUUUAAAAGAAAAUUUAGUAAAUACACAACAAACCAAAUGUCCGUAUAGUCAUCAAAAUUCAGAUAAAAUAAAUCAAACAAAUGAAUCCAAUGUAGAUAAUGAUAAAGUCAAAGAAAAUAAUGAAAAUUGUGCUAACGAGGAAUCGGUACAACCUCACGGUGAAAUUGAAGCAAAAACGCAAACCACUGACGACCGAACAAGCGAGCAACAAAACGAACAAGCUGGCCGCGAGACGCAGGCGGCAGGCUGCCCGGCCGUGAACCGGCGGCCGGUGGUGCUGCCGGGCGGCGUGGUGAUGCCACCGCCGCGGGUCGAGACCGUCAGCACCAGCUGGAAGACGCAGCAUCUUACGCACGAGCAGCUCAACGACUACUGCAAGACGCUGUUCAAGUUUAAGACUGUCAACAUUAUGCAUUUCAAAAGUUGGGCAGACCGACGGAAGUACACAAAGGCCCGCAAGACGCUGCAAUACCCGACUCUGCCUGAAGGCACCAAGGUCAUCACUAUACCCGCGCAGCCUGCUAAUGGACAAGAAAAUAGAGGCAAGCCGAACCGCGAUUGGGUGAUGAAUAUGAACGGACGCAGCUAUCUGUCAGAGUUCCAUGAGUAUGUGUGGCGCGCGCUGCAGAAACAACCCGUCUACGAGUUCAAACAACUAGAGAACGCGUCGCAGCCGUACCAGGCGACGGUGUACAUCGGCGGCAUGCAGUACGGCGUGGGGCAGGGCUCCAGCAAGCGGCAGGCCAAGUCGGCCGCCGCGCGUGCUUCCAUCCACAUCCUCAUCCCGGAGAUGCGCGACGACCAAACGCCGCCCACCGCCGCCGCUGCAGACCGGGACUUCUCGUUCUUCGACGAAGUGGGCAUCGAGGACCCUCGGAUCACGGAAAUCUGUGCGGCGACGUGCGAACCCUCCCCGCACGAUAUACUGAGGACCUGCCUGCUGAGGAACUUCGGCGCUGGCGAGCGGCACAUACACACCGAGAUGAAGAAACUAGAAUUCCAGAAAAUAGAGUUGACAAUGAAAGUGGGCAAACACACGACGACUGUCGUGUGCAAGAACAAAAAGACGGCGAAGCAACGGGCGUCACAGGCGAUACUGCAGUUGCUGCACCCCCACGUCCGCUCGUGGGGCUCGCUCCUCCGUCUGUACGGCUCACGCUCCGUGAAAAGCUGCAAAGAGAAGAAACUAGAAGAGCAGGAGAUCACUCUCUUGCAGGACAAAGCUCGUCACAACGAGCCUAAUUACGCUGUGAUAGAAAAACUAAGGCAUGAAAUGAGGAAACUAAAGGAGCGGGACGAGGCCGUGGUGCCUAUCGGUACUCUGCUUCUCAAGGACGACCUGCCCACGCAUUCUGGAUCCAACCUUAACAAUGUAGACCUCUGAGGCUAAUAUGAAACUCCAGGUGGAGGUUAAAGAAUUAAUUUGUUCGCUUGGCUUUGUAGCAGUAUUGUGUUUCUUAUAUGAAACUAGCUUUAUGCCCGCUACUUUGUCCGCGUGGAUUACAGAAGUAGGAAAAUCAAUGAAAUAGGCCGCUUCUAAAUCAAGAUGAAACAUAUACCACAUUUUAAGUUAGACAUUCAGGAACACAAGUGUAUCAGAAAUCACAUCCAGUUUAGAACAAUAGUUUUUGCGUAAUGACGAUAUACAUAUACAGAUAGAAUUACUAAAAAUAUUUGUUUUGCCUUUUUAUCAAUCCUCUUUUUUCCCUAUUUAGGGUCCGCCCUCGUAGUUUUUUACACCAUUCUUGGCGGCUCUGCGUCUAUUACUUUUAUUGGUCUUAAGAUUUUUUUUAAAAUAUCUCCUUCGUACAUCGUUUAGUCACAAUUUAUUUAUUAUUGUACAUAACUAGAUGAGUAUGCGAUAAGUGAACACAGAGGUCACACACACACGCCUACGCUCACGCACACACCCACGCACACGCACACGCACACGCACACGCGCACACACACGCACACGCGCACACACACGCACACGCGCACACACACGCACGCAUGCACGCACGCACGCACGCACACAUACACUGCAUUAAUCAUCAGACAAAGGUCGUGCGGCCAGCUGUAUGCACUAGUCCUACCCACAUAUAUAACAUCACUCCCCCUCACUGUGAAAAUGUAGAAAAUAUAACCAUUUUUAAGAUUCUGUGCCUGUUUUGUGAAUAUGAUAUUAAUUUCAACUCGAUACCUCCACACGUGCCUAAGAAAAAGUCUUGACAGACAAACGAACAGACGGACGACAAAAUGAUCCUAUAAGGGUACCAUUUUUUUCUUUGGAGAAGAAAAAAUUUCUUAGGUAUCGAAACGAAAUUAAUAUGAUAAACUCAAAGUCUGCAGUCUCUUAAAGCAGUGAAAAAAAAAAUCAAGCUUCUAAAUCGACGCAAUCAAAAGAUACGGCCGUUUAUAUUCCAUUUACCAGAGGGAGACUUUGUACAAAGUCGAUUGCUUGGGUACCUCUGUCCCAUUCGUGUUUCAACCGUAAAGCAGUUGUGUUUGCAUAGCUGUGUUUCGGUUUGAAGGGUGGGAUAUGGCGUGAAUUUACUGGGUACAGAGGAAUAACACCUGAGUCCUCAGGAAUGGCAACGCAUGGGGGAUAUCAUGGGCGAAACAGUAUACUCUGUUAUGUCCAUUGUACUGCUCAUGUCUAUAGGCGACGGUUUCCACUUUCCAUCAGGUGGGCCGUCAAUUUGAUUGCCAUUGCAUGCCAUGCAAACACAACUGCUUCACGGUAGAAACACGAAUAGGACAGAGGUCCCUAAGCAAACGACUUUUGUACAAAGUCUCCCUCUGGUAUUCUUUUCACAUCUAUUGCUCUUAAAACGCCUUAUAUAUAAUUUUUUUUAAACAUCUAUAAACAAACACCGUCUAAUGACAAUUUUAUUAUUAAUAACACAUGGAAACGCAAAUAAAAAUAUGACACCUAAGCUGGGUCAAGGUAGGUCGCGUAAAAGAAGUUUGUAGGUCAUAGAACAAAUGGUACUUACCUUGACACCUCACCCCUCAGACUGUUUCCGGAGAUCACGGCACGUGGAUAUCACAAAAUAUUUAAACAACUAUCACACAAUUGUAUAUAUAACACUAUAUUAAUUACUAGUGAUAAAAUAUAGCAGAAAGUAGUCCAAAAAACAAGUCGUUUACCAAUAUAUAGAUAAAAUAGCUCGUUGCAUGGCGGUAUGCGGCAGACAUUGGACUGAGCCGACCAUUUUUUUUUCUGUUAGGGGAAUAUCACGCAAUUGGAGGGUAGUACAGUAUUUAUAGGGAUGUAACGUGACAGUCUUACUACCUGUCACACUGCCGGUGUGUGAUCUCAAAAGUCAAUCUUUACUAGGGCUGCAAUCCGUUCGGAAUUUUCCGGAUCUGUUCUAGAUUGAAGGGCGUCCGGCAGGGGUAUCCGAGUGUAACCCGGACACUUUAGUUGUCAGGAAAAAUCUAAUUUUCUUAUAGGUUAUUUAUCAAUUGAAAUAAAUCUUAGUUACAAAUUAAUCGACAAUAACCCUGGUUUUAUUUUUUUUACAAAAAAUAUUUUUUUCAGAAGUGUUCGGGGAAAAAACUAUAUUUCGCUCAAAUGUCCGGAAUUUUUGCUCUGUUUAUACGGUGUCGUCUAUUUCGGUGAUGGCACCCCUAAACUUCACCAUCACAAUUGUUAGUAAGUUACUCUUAGGCAGAUGUAAUCUCAAGUCAGUCUAUGGUAUAACAUCACAAUAUCUUGUUCCAGUCUAGUCUAGAUUUUAACUCAUUUAUUAAUGUCGCAUUUAAGUUUUUAAUGUAAUUAAAUCAAUUUUAAUAAUGUAUAAACUAAAUAUAGCAAUAGGUAGGCCAAUUUACUGUAUACAAUUAUUAAAAAAUAUCAACAAA